ACUUAGAUUUGCCGAAAAAGUAGCUAGAUUACCAUCACUGUCGGCAGCGUUGGCUUCGUUUUGUCGAUAACUACUUUUACGAAGAUUUUAGUACUAUUUGUAAAUAUAUAAAGUCGUCUGCAUAAAAAUUGCUUAAAUUAGGUAAAGUUUUGAUAUUGGUGUAAUAUUAUGAAUAAAUUGAGUUUUCAUGAAGAUCCCCAUGAUCCAGAAUGGAAAGUAACAAAAUUGAAAACUGAGCCAGGAACCGUUAAAGAUCAUCACAACACGUCUUCUAGUAAGGUGAAGUAUUCUCAAAAGUUUUGUGAAAAAUGGCUGAGUAUAUUUUCGCCGUGGCUGUCGCCUUGUGAAGACGAUCCAAAUAAACCAUUUUGUCGAGCUUGUCAAUGUCGACUGGACUGUAAUAGAUGUCAUUUGCAAAGGCAUGAAAGGACGAGUAAACAUGCUCGUAAUCUUGAGAUUCUAUUGAAUAAGGGCGAGGGGGCUGCUCGUCAGAAUCUUAGCAUACGUCAAGAGCGCAGUAAGUAUUAUCAACAGCGCAAAAAAAUCAGCUCGUCGGUUGGCUCACAGGAGGAUUCUGAAAUGGGAAUGGAGGACUACAUUGAUGAAGCAGACCAGGGAACAGAAUACGGAUAUGAGCAAGCGGACACUAAUUCAGAAGAACAGUACAUACAUGAAGAAACUAUUUGUAAGCAAGAACCAAUCACUGUAGAUGAAAUGAAUCAGCAGAUGAUUGUGGCACGGUCGACAUCAAAAAAUAAUGUUGGGCGUCCACGUAAAAUAGCCAAAAUUAUGGAAAACACCAGUGUCCAUGGUCCAGAUGAAGUUGCAGACAGAAAGGAUCCUAUGAAACGAUUGAUGCAAAUUCAAAGGGACAAGAGUGAAUUAAUGGAUUCAUUCAAAGAACUAAUGAGUAGUUCAGCGCCACACCUCUCACCGCCCAGGGAAAAAAAUCAUGUUGACUUGUUUUUUGAAAGCGUCAGCUCAAGCGUAAAAGCCCUUUCGCCUAAAUUGAUUGCUGAAUCGAAGAUGAGAGUAUCUCAGUUAAUAUGUGAAUUGGAGCUACGAGCUCUAACGGAGAGUGAGCAGGCUAAUAAUGCUCAAAAUUCCAGUUCUAGCGUUGUCGUUUCGCAGGAGAGUAGUGGAGGAACUUAUAUAAUAAAUCAACAAGUCUCACAUGUCGGUGCAAAUCAUCAACAGUCGGAUACAAACCGACAAGUUGAUGAGGUUCAAGAUUAUGAAGCCUUAAGUUAAAUGAUUUUUCGUCGUUUUUAUUUAAGUAUAUAGUUUAAUUCUGAAACUAUCUUAACAAUAAAUUGUUUCGUAUUUUACAUACAUACGAGGAUACACGAUUACAUUA